AUGUCAUACCUCGACAAGGAUUCUCUCCUUGCUCUCGGGCAAAUAGACCCUGAAUUCAAAGCGUUUCUCGACUCUGCCAAUCUACCUCCAGUGAGCUACGAUAGCCUCGAUGACUUCAAGGCGAUGGUUGAAAAUCGCAACGCGGAUGAUCUCAAGGCUCUGGGCCAACCCCCACCAGAAGUCAAGCAGACAGAGCUCCAAUAUCCCACCCGGGAUGGCUCGAAAGUCCGAGCGAAACUUCAUCAGCCCACAACUCCUCCCGAGGGUGGCAGUCCCUUGAUAGUCAUGUUCCAUGGCGGAGGCUUCUGCAUCGGUGCUCCUGAAGGGGAGGAACAAUCAUGCCGAAACUUUGUCCAGGCUUUUGGCGCAACCUGUAUCUCUGCAGGUUAUAGGCUGGCACCCGAGUACAAAUUCCCAACCGCCCCAAAAGACGCCUGGGACUGUUUGAAGUGGGCUGCUGCAAAUGCCGCUUCCUGGGGUGCUGACCUAUCAGUCGGAUUUGUGGUUGGGGGGACCUCGGCCGGUGGGAAUAUAGCGGCUGUUUUGGCUCAUCUGGCUCGAGAUGAGAAACUCUCACCGCCUUUAACAGGUCAAUAUCUCGCUAUCCCUGCGGUUUUGCCGGAAAAGAAAGUCCCAGAGAAAUAUCAGCAGUAUGCUCUGUCGUAUGAGCAGAACAAAUCCGUGCCUGUGCUGCCAGUUGCGGCAAUAGAUAUGUUUAUGCGCGGAUACCAACCUGACGAGGACGAUGGCGUAUACUACGCCCCCUUCAAUCAUCCCAAGGGACAUAAAGAUUUACCACCGGCACUCUUCCAGAUUGAUGGAAUGGACCCUCUGAGAGAUGAAGCGAUAAUUUAUGAACGAGUCCUUCGAGAGGAGAACGGCAUCAAGACCAAGAUGUACGUGUAUCCGGGGCUGCCGCAUGGUCACUGGGGCUUCUUUCCCUUUUUGAAGAGUUCUGAAAAGUUCCGUCAAGAGCAGGUUGAGGGUAUGGGUUGGCUUCUUGGGAAAAAGCCUGAUUUCAGCAAGGUUAUUGCUAAGGCUGUGGCCGCUAUGGUGUGA